UAGCAUUCCUGCUAGGUAACUAUCAACAAGCAAGAUGUCUGCCCGCGGCAAGAAAUCGACAAAUCCACUGGAGAAGAAAAUACCAGAAAAUCCCAAAUACAAGCAUGUCAGAGCAACAGUUGACACAGGGGCAAGCGUAUCCAAAUAUAUGGAGAAAAUGGAGGAACUCAAAAGAGACUACAACUUCCGAAAAGAUGAAAUCUUCAAAAGAAUGAAGAUUCCAACUUUUGUUCAGUUGGUGGUGCAAGUGUCAGAGUUUGAGGAUGUUGCAGAGGAGACAAGUUAUCCCACAGGAGCCUCUGAUCGACCAGACACAGCUGAUGAUGAGGUUGCCAGGAUCCAGAAAGGGGGUCAGGCCAAUGGGGCAGGGUCUGAAGAUACAAGCAGACUCUCACCGGAAAUGGACACAAGCCGCUCCCGCCUCGAGCAGGUAAUCAAGGGCACAGGGGAGAUCGAUUUGGACACCCCUAAGCCUCCCAAACUGCCCCCAAUGAUGGGAGAAAACUGCCCAUAUCUUCUUCUGGAUGUCCGGGAUCGGGAUGCCUUUGAAGAAUGCCACAUUAUUACAGCCAAAAACUAUCCCACAGCAAUGCUGGCCAGGUCUGUAAACUAUGAGACAAAAGACAUGCUCCGCUAUAAAAAUCAACCCGGCAAAAUAAUUCUAGUCUAUGAUGAAGAUGAGAGGAUUUCGCACCGAGCGUCGACCACGCUGGUAGAACGAGGCUAUGACAACCUGUUCAUGCUGUCGGGAGGCCUGAAGGUGGCGUAUAAACUGUUUCCCGAUGGUCUAGUCACUGGAACCAUACCGGCCGCCAUCCUAGAAGAUAUGGGUCAAGGUCAGAAGGGAGGCAAGGGGAAAGAUGCAAGAGAAACUACUCCGAGAGUGCCAGCAGACAUUGAAUACUUCACACCAGACUUGAUUGACAAACUCUGUAUCCACCUGGAUGGGGCACUGUCAGACCGCAGUACUGGAAGUCGAUUGUCCAAGGCUUCUCGAGCAGGCAGGUCCAGCAGCAUCUCAUCCUCUGUCUCAUCGUUUGGCAGGAAGCCCUUCAAGUGCUAGCCUGCUAGCUGUUAUGCUGCCAGUUUGGUACUAUUCGAAAUUGGAAUGAUGUGGGCUCAAAUAAAUGGUUCCUGGUUCUCUUCAAGUUCUCUAUGUUUACACCAAUGGUAUUUUGAAUCCACAACAAGAUAUUGAAGUUGUGAAGACUCGAGUUUAUGCUGUCCCGGCAUAGGUUAUUAGUUCUUCUCUUAUGUUUGAGCACAUUUUUCAAUGAUAUAUAAUAAUAAUAGCUUUGUCCUUGUCAUGCUUUAGCUGUUGAGUACAGCAUACAGUAUAUGAUAAAGUGAUGAAGAUUUUACUCAUAUUCAAAGAAUGAAUUUAAGACGCACAAGAUUUGAUCACACUGCUUUCUUGUCCCACCAGCUGCCCUGUUUGAAAAUUUACUUUGUAGAUUUCUGUUCUAUUUCUUUUAGGGUAUUGCUGGUCUGUUUUUCCAGCUGGGAUCUGUGUUUUAUAUCUAACAAUGUAAGAAAAAUCACUGUCAUAAUAAAAAUAUCUUACUGCACUGCUUCUGUGAGUUCUGUGUUGUCUUCGACUCCACAUUUAUACUGGGAUAAGCUGCUUUUUCUCUGCAUAUUUUUCUAGCAAUAAUUGCCAAGUACAAUCUGCACUGCACAGUGCGCUCAUCUCUCUCCUGUUUCAAGUGAAGAAUUUAUUAUAAAUCUGGCAAAACAUUUUGCUAAAUAUAGUGCCUGCAAAAUGUUCUAGAUAUGUUUUAAUGAAAGUCUUGGUACCUACAUCAUUCAUCUCCAUACUCUGACAUUCCUUCAAGUCCAGCCAGUAGCUCCAUAACUAGUUUCUCCUGUUCUUCAGCCUAGUACUUACAACUUACCGUGACACAUCUUUACUUGUUUGUAAGAGUAUUAUGUAUGGGAUUGUAAUUGUUAACAUUCCUGUAAGAUUCUGUUGCCAAAUCUCUAUUACCGAUGAAUAUGCUACACAUGGCUCUUGUUCAGUUGUAUAGAUUUCCUUCUCUUUAGCAGCUCACAGAAUAUUUGAGGCCAGUUCGCCUGGUUUGAAUCCUCAACGUGACUGGCCAUUGUUUGGACUUGGUUUGUUUUGUGAGUCUGUAAGACUCUUUCAACACUCUCACCCCUUUUGGCUCAAUUUUAAUGUAGAUGGACUUUUAAUUCAGUGGUCCCACCUCUUAAAUGAUCUUUCUGUUUAUAAGGAGGGUAAAACCUGUACCAUACCAUAAAGCCAGUGAGUUUGUUCUGUUGCAAACUCUUUUAGUAUCAGUUUUUUGUGUGAUUGUCUUGAGUUUUUGAAAGAUAGAUACAGUAGUAGUUUCCUUAUGUUUGUCAAUGAAAGUCAAAUCUUCAAGGGCUCCUGUGGCACAUUCGGCUUCAAUGCUUUGUAAUUACUUGCUUGUAUGGUUGUGAUUUGAAUUUUUCUUGUCCUUCCUGAAAUAAUUUUUCUCAGCCUUUGUGCCUAGUCGUAGUUACUUUACUACUCCUUCGAAAUAAAUAUUUUGCAUAAAGCUGAGCACUGCACUUCAGCAUUGACAACCAGACUGUUGAAACAAAAGCAAAUACUUUUUAUGAUCUUUCUAUAUAUGCGUUCCAAUUGUCCUACAAGUCAUCAAUAACAAAAUGAAACAUGUUAAAUAUUUGUACUUAACGUGUUACGACUGAUGUAAUGUAUAAAUCACCUGUCAUCACUGAUGUACUGCUCAAGUGAAAUGAAAUGUGUAUGUUUCUACUGUCAGAAUUUGGCAAUGAAUGAGUGAAUGUGAAACUUCAGUAAGGAGGCUGUAUUUUUUUGUUUUCUACUGCUGCUUUGUAAAUUAUUUAUGAAAAUGUAUUCCUUUAUUGUGUUUGUUUGUGUGGGUGUUUUGUCUUGUCUUGUAUUUCAUGAUGUGUCAUAUUCAUAUUUGCAUGUGAAUAUGUAUGUAGAUAUGUGUGUGUGUUUGCAUGUGCACAUGCGUGCAUGUGUGUGUGUGUGUGUGUGUGUGUGUGUGUGUGUGUGUGUGUGUACUUUUGCACUCACACUCACUGAUAUCACAAUGAAGCAUUGUCGCGUGUUUCUCUAAAAGUGUUUUGUUUCUGUUUCUGUUUCAUACCAUUCUGCUAUACUCUGUGAUUUAGUCCAUAUUUUGUUAUAUAUAGAAUAAGGAGGACGAAAAUAUUUCACCUUUAAUUGAGCCAUUGUUGAUACUUUGGGCAGCUGUUGGAGAAUUCCUUUGACUCAUGACUGUGUUGGGUUUCGUCAUAAAGGACAAUAAGCAGUGUUGACUUCAGAAAACAUCAUGGCCAUCAUACUUUAGUACUUCUUGUCAGCUGCUGUAGAGAUUUACUUUCAAAGGUGUGUGUCUGUGUGUGUGGCAUAGUUUACAUGUCAUUGCUCAUGUAGGGUUAGAGAUGAGGCAGUCAUGGAGAUUCCUGCUGUGGAGUAAGUCUCAACGUCAGUUUCUUUAUGCUCAUCAUUGUACUCAAAAUACUUACUGCAUUGUAUUUACUUUGUUUUUCAAGACCUGUGAACUGUUUAUACAUAUAAUAUAUAUCCAGAUAUGCCUCAUUCCGUCCGCAUACCAUGCUGCACAUGUAUAAUGAUAUGGGCAUUGUAAGUAAUGUAAGACACAUGUAUGUUGGUAAGUACUGUUGUUAUUCAGUUCUGAUUUUAUCUUAGCAUGAACAAAGUUUAGCUCCACUGAAUUGUACUGGUGAUUACAGUGCGAGCAACUUGGGUUUGAAUCCCACCUCAAAUGGGUUUUUUUUCUGUUUUUUUUGUUUGCUCAGAGAAUAUUUAUAUCUGUCCAACAUGUAGUCAGUGUCCUGUCUGAGAUUAACUUUACCGAUGUCCUGCCUGAUGCAGUACCCCUGUUGUUUUGAAAGGGAAAUAAAACUCAAAUUUUAGGGUGAGCAUUCCGUUAUAAGUUGGUUUCAUGUUGGACUACGGAGCAUAUGGACCUAGUUGUAAACCCCAACAAGGUGUGCUGAACUUGCAUAUGUUUAUGGAGUUUUUAAGGCUCUCCACCCCUUCGGCUUGACCAUGUCGGAAAUGGAUGUUAAAUUCGGAGGUCCUGCUUUUUAAAUAACCUUACUGUGUUGAAAUGUAUGAUAAGCCUAUACAGUUUUGCAACUUUCAAACUUUAGGCUCUGAUUGCCCUAUAUUCUUUUACUGUUUUAAAGCUGACAAAAUUGAAAGGUUUGAACCCAGUCCUCUGUGGACUGUGCAGACACUUUAUGGUCAAGUCACCACAUGUAAGACGUCUCAACUACGCUUGAAGUGCUCCACUGUGUUUCUCAAAAUGACUUCUUCUUUUUUUCAAGUCACUAUAUUUUCUUAUGUUCCAUUGAGACUGUCUUUCUGCCCUUUCAUAAUAUUAUUGAAGAAGUUGGACCAGGAUUUUUGGGCAAGGUUUCUCAUGGCGUAUUUCUUUGAGUUGACCGGACAAUUCCCAAUGUAUUUUUAAUGCAAUAAAUUUCUGGAGCAAAAAGUA